AUGGAGGGCCUUUUGGUGCCAACUGUGGGUGUGGGCAAACGGCCCCUUCUCCGUUUCCUGGGUACCAGCUUCUUCCUGAGCAACAUAGUUGUUGGGGCCUCUCCUGGGUUCCCCGUGUCCCAGCGCAGCAGCUGCGCCACUCCCACGACGCCUCUGUUCUGCUUCUUCCGGGCCAGUGUCCGACCGCCCUCCCCGCAGGUGCCGCUGCUGCAGGUGUCGGGGCCGCUCCUGCUGCUGCAACUCCUGGAGACGCCGCUGCUCUGCCUGCUCAGCUACGCCAGCCUCGUAGCCACCAACGCAGCGCGGCUGCGCCUGAUAGCCGGGCCGGAGAAGCGGCUGCUAGAGUUGGGGCUGCGGCGCGCUCAGGGCCCAGACGGGGGCCUCACGGCCUCCACCUACAGCUACCUAGGCGGCUUCGACAGCAGCAGCAACGUGCUGGCCGGGCAGCUGCGGGGCGUGCCUGUGGCCGGGACCCUGGCCCACUCCUUCGUCACCUCCUUUUCAGGCAGUGAGGUGCCCCCUGACCCGACAUUGGCUCCAGCUGCCGGUAAGGGCCCCCGGGUGGACCUGGCUGCCAGCGUAAAAGUGUGGCUGGAGCGCGUUUGUGCCCACCUGGGGCUGGGGGCACAGGAGCCACACCCUGGGGAGCGGGCGGCCUUCGUGGCCUAUGCUCUGGCCUUUCCCCGGGCCUUCCAGGGCCUGCUGGACUCCUAUAGUGUGCAGAGGAGUGGUCUGCCCAACUUCCUGGCGGUAGCCCUGGCACUGGGGGAGCUGGGCUACCGGGCAGUGGGCGUGAGGCUGGACAGUGGCGACCUGCUUCAGCAGGCCCAGGAGACCCGCAGGGUCUUCCGGACCAUUGCGGCCCAGUUCCAGAUACCCUGGCUGGAGUCAGUUCCCAUCGCAGUUAGCAACAACGUUGAUGAGGAGGCGCUGGCCCGGCUGGCCCAGGAGGGCAGUGAGGUGGACGUCAUUGGCAUUGGCACCAGCGUGGUCACCUGCCCCCAACAGCCUUCCCUGGGCUGUGUCUACAAGCUGGUAUCUGUGGGAGGCCAGCCACGGAUGAAGCUGACCGAGGACCCCGAGAAGCAGACGUUGCCCGGGAGCAAGGCCGCCUUCCGGCUCCUGGGCUCUGAUGGGUCGAUGCUGUUGGACGUGCUGCAGCUGGUAGAAGAGCCACCGCCCCAGGCUGGGCAGGAGCUGAGAGUUUGGCCUCUAGGGGCCCAGGAGCCCUGUACUGUGAUGCCAGCCCAUGUGGAGCCGCUGCUGCGCCUCUGGGUUCAGCAGGGACAGCUGUGCGAGCCGCUCCCAUCUCUGGCAGAGUCUAGAGCCUUUGCCCAGCUGUCCCUGAGCCGCCUCAGCCCUGCGCACAGACAGCUGCAGAGCCCUGCACCGUACCAGGUGGCGCUGUCUGAGAAGCUGCGGGCCCUAGUGGACAGUCUGAGUGCUGGAGGUCCCCAGUGAGAAUCUCAGUGGUGCGGGGCUGCCUGGAGACAACAAGAGUCACUCUCUGUCCCCCAUAA